AUGACUGUCUCCUACGCCAACGGCAUCUCCAUCCUCCAACUGAUAGUCUACUUCCCCUCUCUCAUCUUAUCCGCAUUUCUCGUCUACCGCCAUGGCUUCCGCACAAAUAGCGGCUACAUUUUCCUCACAACAUUCGCUCUAGCUCGCAUCGUCGGCGCCUGCUGCGAGCUAGCAACAAUCAGCAACCCAUCUACAAACCUCUUCACAGCAGCCGCAAUCUGUAGUUCAGUCGGAUUGUCCCCAUUGAUGCUCGCAUGCACCGGUCUCCUUUCUCGAGCCAAUCUCUCUAUCGAACACACAACAAGCCGUCCUGCUCUGCCUGCUAUGAUCUUUCGCGCUUUCAGACUGCUCACUGUCGUCGCGAUGGCAAUCGCUAUCGCGGGUAUCGCGUCUAAUAUGACCGCCGAGGGUCUCGCGCACCCCGAUAUCAAGACUAAGAUUGGAAUGAUUCUCUACCUCGUCUGUUGGGCGGUUAUGGUCCUCAUGCUUCUGGUCAUUGCCGUGAAGCGCAGCUCUCUCGAGCGCGGCGAGGGUCGGACUUUGUUGGCGGUUGCUAUUUCUUCGCCAUUCAUUCUGGUCCGAGUCAUCUACGCGUUCCUCAUCUGGUUCUUGCAUGACUCGACUUUCAGUAUUCUCAACGGUAGCGAGACUGUGGCCCUGGUCAUGUCGGUCCUCGAAGAGUUUGCUGUUGUCAUUACUUGCCUUGGUGUUGGUAUGACUCUGCGUGUUCGUGGCAAGCAGGUCAACCGGGGCGAGGAGGCUGCUAUGCCUGCUUAUCCCCAGCAGUGGACUUCUAAGCCUUAG